CCGUGUCUGUGCGUGCCGCCUCUCCCCCAUCCUCCCUUCCCUCUCCCCGCGCUCUCCCCUCCUCCCCCCUUCCCUCUCCUCCCUCUCCUCCUCCACUCACCGCCCUGGGGGGCUGGGAGCCCGAGGAGGCGGUGGAGGGGGGCGGCUCCGGGUGGCCUCCUCCUCCCAGCUCCGUAGCUUGAGCCUGGGGAGCGGUGGCGGAGGCGGUGGAGGCGGUGGAGGCGGUGGUGGAGGCGGUGCACUCCGCACCGCCGCCGCUCCGCUGUCGUCGCCCCUGGCUGCCGAGUCCUUCCUCAGCGGCAGCUCUUCCAACUACGUGGAGGAGAUGUACUUAGCCUGGCACCGCGACCCGUCCAGCGUGCACAAGUCGUGGGAUGUGUAUUUCCGCGCGGCCUCUGCCGGAGCGUCUCCUGGCCAGGCGUACUGCAGCCCCCCCGCGCCCGGCUCGCCCCUCCCCCUCUCGCCCCUCCCCUCCGCCUCGACAGGGCCACACAACAAGAUUAUAGAGGAUCACCUUGCCGUGCAGUCACUCAUACGGGCGUACCAGAUUCGCGGACACCACAUAGCCCAGCUGGACCCCCUAGGAAUCCUGGACGCUGAUCUCUGCUACACAGUCCCUUGUGACCUGAUCACCUCCUCAGACAGACUCGGCUUCUAUGGGCUGGGCGAGGCCGACCUGGACAAGGUUUUCCGUCUCCCCACCACCACCUUCAUCGGCGGCGGAGAGUCGGCCCUGCCACUCCGGGAGAUCGUCAAGAGACUCGAGGCCGCCUACUGCCAGCACAUUGGGGUUGAGUUUAUGUUCAUCAAUGACCUGGAGCAGUGUCAGUGGAUCCGUCAAAAGUUCGAGACUCCCGGAGUGAUGCAGCUGAGCAACGAGGAGAGACGUACACUACUGGCACGACUCGUCCGCUCAACCCAGUUUGAGGAGUUCCUAGCUAAGAAGUUUGCUUCUGAGAAGCGUUUUGGCGUUGAGGGCUGUGAGUCGCUCAUCCCAGCCCUCAAGACGCUGGUCGAUACCUCCAGCGCCAUGGGCAUCGACUCCAUCAUCAUGGGCAUGCCCCACAGGGGGCGUCUCAACGUCCUGGCUAACGUCAUCCGCAAGGAGCUGGAGCAGAUCUUCUGUCAGUUUGAGUCGAAGCUGGAGGCAGCCGACGAGGGCUCUGGCGAUGUGAAGUAUCACCUGGGCAUGUAUCAUGAGCGUAUCAACCGCGUCACCAACCGGGACAUUACCCUGUCCCUGGUGGCGAACCCAUCCCACCUUGAGGCGGUGGAUCCCGUGGUGCAGGGCAAGACCAAGGCGGAGCAGUUCUACCGUGGGGACACGGAGGGAAAGAGGGUGAUGUCCAUCUUGAUGCACGGAGACGCUGCGUUUGCCGGGCAGGGCAUCGUCUACGAGACGUUCCACCUCAGCGACCUCCCCUCCUACACCACGCACGGCACCAUCCACGUGGUGGUGAACAACCAGAUUGGCUUCACCACGGAUCCCCGUUCCUCACGCUCCUCUCCCUACUGCACUGACGUGGCCCGUGUAGUCAACGCUCCGAUCUUCCACGUCAACGCUGAUGACCCCGAAGCCGUGGUCUAUGUCUGCCGGGUCGCCGCCGAGUGGAGGAACUGCUUCCACAAAGACGUCGUGGUGGACCUGGUGAGCUACCGCAAGAACGGCCACAACGAGGUGGACGAGCCCAUGUUCACCCAGCCGCUGAUGUACAAGCAGAUAAAGCAGCAGGUGCCUGUACUUCGUCGCUACGCAGAGCAGCUGGUCGCCAGCGGAGUGGUCACCACUCAGGAGUUCGAGGAGGAGGUGUCUAAGUAUGACAAGAUCUGUGAGGAGGCCUACGUGAGGUCAAAAGACAACAAGAUCCUACACAUCAAACACUGGCUGGACUCACCUUGGCCUGGUUUCUUCACGCUGGAUGGGAAGCCCAAGACGAUGGUGUGUCCACCCACAGGCGUGGAGGAGGACAUUCUACGUCACAUCGGGGUGCAGGCGAGCUCCCUGAGCCAGGAAGACUUCGUCAUCCACGGGGGCCUGAAGCGCAUCCUGCGUGCCAGAAUGGACAUGGUGGAGUCUCGCACCGUGGACUGGGCGCUGGCCGAGUACCUGGCCAUGGGCUCUCUGCUUGGAGAGGGAACACAUGUCAGACUUAGUGGGCAGGACGUGGAGAGGGGCACGUUCAGCCACCGUCACCACGUUCUGCACGACCAGAAUGUGGACAAGCGAAUCCUCGUCCCCAUGAAUCACCUGUGGCCAAACCAGGCUCCCUACACCGUCUGUAACAGCUCUCUGAGUGAAUACGGAGUGCUAGGGUUUGAGUUGGGUUUCGCCAUGGCCAACCCCAACGCGCUGGUGCUGUGGGAGGCUCAGUUUGGGGACUUCCACAACACGGCCCAGGCCAUCAUCGACCAGUUCAUCUGCUGCGGUCAGGCCAAAUGGGUGCGCCAGAAUGGCAUCGUCCUGCUGCUCCCCCACGGCAUGGAGGGAAUGGGCCCAGAGCAUUCAUCAGCCCGGCCGGAGAGAUUCCUGCAGAUGUGUAAUGAUGAUCCUGACUCAGUACCGAACGUGACAGAGGAACUCGCCACCCGUCAGCUUCACGACUGCAACUGGAUCGUGGUCAACUGCUCCACGCCCGCCAACUACUUCCACGCCCUGCGACGGCAGAUCCUGCUGCCAUUCCGCAAGCCGGUCAGACACACAGAGAGACACAGAGACAGAGACACAGAGACA